CAUCCUCCCCUUCGUCUUUUCCCUAGCUUCUCUCCUCUGGCCCCUCUUCUUUUUCAACCUUUCUUCUCCCUUCUGCUUCCAGCCUGUGUUUGUGUCGCUCUCUGCGCUUUCUCUCAGCUCUCUAGCUUACCCUCUCUCUUCCCACUCCUCUCCUCUCUUCUCCAUCUUUUCAUUCUUUUUUCUCAUUUCGAUCUCGUUUUCCCUGGGGUACCUCUCCGCCCCCUUCUCCAUCUCUCACUCGGUCUCCUUGCUGUCCCCCCCGGGCCACUGGCCCUCCCUGCUUCUGCGCUGUCCCCCUGGUAGCGGUGGCGGUAGCGGUAGCGGGCCGAGGCUGGGGCAGGGGGCGGGGUGGGGCGGGGCUCGCCUGUAGUCUCCUCGCCCCCUGCCCCCUCCCCUUCCCAUGCCUCCUCCCUCUUCUCCCCCUUCCCCCUCGGUCCGGCGCCCAGGCCCCACUGCCCGCUCAGGCCCUUCCAAGGGGACCCAGGUGUUCGAGCUGCUCGAGGCUGAAGGAUGAAUACAGGUGCCAAAGCCAAAGCCGGGGGUAGUCGACCCCUGGCUACCCGCCUGCCCAGCUCCUCAGUGCCAGGGCCCCUUGGGGCUCCUAAGAAAUCAGGGACAGUGCCCCCACGAGCUACUGCUGAGACCCGAGCUGUGGUCAAGAGGCCUCUGGGAGAACAAGCAGAAAGGGCAGCCUCUGUCCCCAAGGUGGCCACAGCCCUGGCUGGGCCCCCCAGAGCCAGCAGGACAGGCCACAAUGUUCCUAGCACAGUGCCCAGGCAGCCUUUGGUGAGGAAAGCAGACCUAGCCCCAGGUGCUGGCCGAGCCUCCAGGCCAGGGCCUCAGGGCCCCAAAGUGUCCACCCCAGCCAAGCAAGUCCGCUCUGUCCCAGCAGAGACUAGAGCCAAGGCUAAGACACCUCUAGCUCCUACAGGAAGGAACAAUGUGGCCCCAGCAGAAGACCGGAGAGAUACUAUUCGACCCGCUCAGGGAGCCCAAGCCUCACGGGUUGGACUCCCUGGGCCCCGUAUGGCUGGGGCCUCAGGACCCGAGCCGGGGUCUCCGAGAGCACCCCCCAAAUCCAGGACCCGGCCCUCCCCCCUGCCCAAAGCCCCAGCCUCAGCCCCGAGAAAAACCCCGAAGAACCUUGGAGAUCCAGUCUCCAGCCCAGCCUCCGCAGCCAGGAGGAAGCCCAGCGAAGGUUCUCUGGGGGUUCAGUCUCGUCUCCCUGGACCCACACGUCGUCAGGACAGCACCUCAGCUUCUUCAUUGGUCGAGCCCUCAACCUGCCCAGUAAUCCAGUCUAAGGGUCCCUCCCUUCCCUCCACACCCUUGACUAGAAGAAAAGAUCCGCAGGUCGGACCCUCUCCCUUAGCCACACCCCCUAUGCAAGCACCUCUCUCUUCCUUGGCCACACCCCCUCCACGAGCCCCUCCCUCUCUGGCCUCAUCCUCCCAACAGGUCUCACCCUCUCUCCUAACCACACCCCCUCCACAAGCCAAUUACUCUUUGGCCUCAUCUGUCCAGGAGGCCUCAACCCCUCCCCUAGCAACACCCCCGAUUCAAGCCCCACCCCAUCCCCAUGCCCCAUCCCCUCAGCAAGCCCCACCCUCUCCCUUAGCUACACCCCCUAAGCAAGCCCCUCGCUCUUCUUUGGUUACACCCCUUCCACAAGCCAAUUCCUCUCUGGUCUCAUCUGUCCAGCAGGCCUCAACCUCUCCACUAGCCACACCCUCCAUACAAGCCCCGCCCUCUGAUUUGGCCACACCCCCUAAGCAAGCCCCUCUCUCUUCUUUGGUGACACUCCCUCCACAAGCCAAUUCCUCUCAGGCCUCUUCUGUCCAGCAGGCCUCAACCUUUCCACUAGCCACACCCCCGAUUCAAGCCCCGCCCUCUCCUUUAGCCACACCCCCUAAGCAAGCCCCUCUCUCUUCUUUGGUGACACUCCCUCCACAAGCCAAUUCCUCUCAGGCGUCUUCUGUCCAGCAGGCCUCAACCCCUCCCCUAGCAACACCCCCGAUUCGAGCCCCACCCCAUCCCCAUGCCCCAUCCCCUCAGCAAGCCCCACCCUCUCCCUUAGCUACACCCCCUAAGCAAACCCCUCGCUCUUCUUUGGUGACACUCCCUCCACAAGCCAAUUCCUCUCAGACCUCUUCUGUCCAGCAGGCCUCAACCUCUCCCCUAGUCACACCCCCUAUACAAGUCCCUCUCUCUCCCUUAGCCACACCUUCUCCACAAGCCUCUCCCUCUUCUUUGAGCACACCCUCUUCACAAGCCAAUUCCCUUCUCGGCUCAUCCCCCCAGCAGGCCUCCCCCUUAGCCCUAUCCCAUAUACAAGCCCCACCCACUCCACAAGCACCACCCUCUUUGGCCACACCCCUUCCACAAGUCAAUUCCUCUAUGGCCUCUUCCCCUCAGCAAGCUCCACUCUCUCCCUUAGCCACACCCCCUACACAAAUCCCUCUCUUUUCCUUGGCCAUCCCCCACGAGCAAGUCAAUUCCUCUCUAGCCUCAUCCUUCCAGAAGGGCCCACUUUCUCCUUUCUUAGCCACACCUUUCCUCUCCACGCCUCUCCAGGCUCCACUUUCUCCCUUAGCUACACCUCCUCUCCAGACCCUGCCCUCUCCAGCCACAGCUCUGCAGGCCCCUCUCUCAACUGUCCAGACUAUUCCUAUUCCUUUAAGCACUUCCACUCUUCAGGACCCGCUCUCUCCAUUAGCCACAUCCCCUGAACAAAAGGCUAACUCUCUCUUGGCCACACCCCUUGUGCAGGUUCCACCCACUCCCUCGUCCCCACCCUCUCCCCCUCUGGCCACAUCUUGUCUGCAGGCCUUUCCCUUAACCACGUCCCCUUUACAGAAUCCGCCACUGUCCUUAACCCCUCCCUCUCACGGGCUCACCAUUUUACCCACACAGGUUCCCCCUAUUCCCUCAGAUCCAUCCUCUAAUUUAUUCUCACCCUCUCCUCCCUUGGCCACACCUCCUCUUCAGUCCUCUCCUCCGUUGGCCUCACCCCCUCUGCAAGCCCUUCCCUCUCCUAUAGACACACACUCUCAACAAGCCCCGCCUUUUCACUUGGUCCCGCCCUCCCCACCCUUGGCCAAACCUCCUCUUCAGGAUCCUCCUUUCUCGUCACCCCUUGUGCAGGUCCCCUCCUCCCUUUUGUCCCAGGGCUCCAUUCACCAAGCUUCUCCCUGUCCCGUGGACACGCCCCCUAUACAGGCCACUCCCUCUCCCCUGAACACACCCCUUGUGCAGGCCCCUCCCUCUCCUCUGGACACACCUUCUAUACAGGUCCCUCCCUCUCCCUUUGACACACACCCUGUUCAGGCCCCUCCCUCUCCUCUGAACACACCUCUUGUGCAGGUCCCUCCCUCUCCCCUGGACACACCCCUGCAGGCCCUUCCCUCUCCCCAGGACACAUCCCUCAUGCAGGCCCUUCCCUCUCUCCUGGCCACACCCCCUAUGCAGGCUCCUCCCACUCCCCUGGACACCACCACCAUACAGGCCCCUCCCUCUCCCCUGGACACCACCCCCAUACAGGCCCCUCCCUCUCCUCAAUCCAUACCUCUUGUGCAAGCCCCUCCCCAUCCCCUGCCCAUCAGGCUCAUGACCUCCUCUCCCCUGGCCACAGUCCCAGUGCUGGCCCAGCCCCACUUGCAGAAUCCCCCUCCUGGGGAGCUGCCCCUUCCUGAUCCCGUCCUGUCCUUGGGAGCCUUGGGUGGGGAGCUGUCCAGAAGCCCUUCUAGUACUCUGAGUGGUCCAGACCUCGCUGGACACAGCAGCAGUGCCACAAGUACUCCUGAGGAGCUUCGAGCCUAUGACAGUGGCCCUGAGAUAGGGGCCCCAGCUUCACCCCCAGCUGAUCCUGACCUUGAGCUUGCUGCCUGCCAUCCUGCUGCCUGGAGCCGUCCUGGGGUCCCCACCCGGAGCCCUUGUACCACUUCCCCUCGACUUCCCCACGGGGUCCCAGGCGAGUCACUGCCCUGGUCACCUAUGUCUGGGCCCCCUGAUGGCCUCUCCACAAUCUAUGAGUCAGAAGCUCCAGAAACAGCAUUUGGACCCCCAAGCAGGGAGGUCCAGGAUCAGGAGGAAGAGGAGGAUCGGACAGUGGAGAAGAUGCCUCCAGCCCCUCGUGGUCCCAAGCCAGCUCGAGUGGGCGAGCUGCAGCUGGGAGCAUUGCAGGCCAGUGUGGUACAGCAGCUGCUGAGCCGGACCCUGCUGCUGGCUGCAGAGGGACCAGGGGGAGCCAGGCAAGGACCCGGGGGUGGCCGCCCCCCUCUGAGUGAUGCUGAGCUAGGCCGCUGGGCAGAACUGCUCUCCCCUCUCGAUGAGUCCCGGGCCAGCAUCACCUCUGUCACUAGCUUCUCCCCAGAUGAUGUUGCCUCACCACAGGGAGACUGGACUGUAGUGGAGGUGGAGACCUUCCACUGAGAUGCCCUGUCCCACUCCAAGCAAAGGACCAUGGAGCCCUCUGACCUGAAAGCCCCGGCCUGUUUGAUCCCUGCAUUUUGCUUGUUUUCCUUAGCAGAGGAGGCUGGGGAGAGGAGGGAAAGCCCCAUGGUGUUCUAGGUUCCUAACACCUGCUGUCUCAGUCCUGGAAGGCUCCUUCCCAUCCCAUGCACUGAGUGUAUCUUGUAGAUUGUCCUUGCUGUAUUGUUCCCGUGGCCCCUGGAGUCUGUGUGGUGUGUCCGUGUUUUCUAAGAGGCCUUUUAGUUUGUAAUAAAGAUGAGAUUGAGCCGGAGCUGCUGUGCUGAGGAA